AGGAGGGGCUCUGGUGCUCUGGACACGAGACAGGGAGACAGCGAGGAGGAGGAGAAGGAGGAGGAGGAGAGGGAGGUCUUUGGGAGAGAGGGAAAGAGAAAUCCACAACAAACCAGCAGCACAUGUCUGCCACAGCUGAGAGAGAGAGAGAGGAAAAAGAGAUAAAGAGAUGGAGAAGAAGCAAUGUUAUGAAAAUUAUAUAUAGGUUUGAGAUGCCUUAAGUGACUUUUUUCACUUGGGUUACCUGUGUAUGUUUGUGCAUGUUUUCUUCUGACUUGUGAAUUUAUGUUUAGCUGUAAGUUCAGUUUAGCUUAGUAUUCCGUCACAAUGGUAUCAUUUGAGUGGCUUCGUGGUUUUCUUGUCCUGUGCUUUUGGAGUCUGUUAGAUCCACAGUUUGUAGAGGGAAACAAUCGGUUCCGCUAUUUACGCAGAAAUUGCUAUACUUGCUUCAAUGGCUAUAAUGGAUACAAUGUGGGAUACCUGGGACCAGACGUUGACGAGUGCCAGGUCCACAAUGGAGGCUGCCAGCACAAGUGUGUGAACACACCGGGCACCUACUACUGCCAGUGCAACUCAGGCUUCCGCCUUCACACAGACGGACGCACCUGCUUAGCUGUGGUUUCGUGUGCGGUCAACAAUGGCGGAUGUGAGCAGGAGUGUGUGCAGCUGUCCCAGCCCCACUUCCAGUGCCGCUGCAGACACAACUACCAGCUCGCCACCGACGGGAAACGCUGCAAAUUGAGGAGCCCCUGUGCAGAACGCAAUGGAGGCUGCAUGCACACGUGCCGCAACGAUGGCGGACGCGCCCUGUGUGAGUGUAACCAUGGAUACCAACUUGCGGAGGACAACAGAACCUGUGAAGACACAGACGAGUGUGAGAGCGGACAGGCGGGGUGUGCCCAUGGCUGCCGGAACACCCCCGGCUCCUUCGCCUGCACCUGUGACGGCGGCUACGAGCUGGGCUCAGACAGCAGACGAUGCUUCCGUAUUGAAAUGGAGAUCAUUAACAGUUGUGAGACAGGAAAUGGAGGCUGCUCUCAUCGUUGUCAGCACUCCACCCUCGGGCCCGUCUGCAGCUGUAACCAUGGCUACCAGCUUGAUGAUGACCUCAAGACCUGUUUGGACCUUGAUGAAUGCGGGGAAGGCAGCUCUUGCUGUGAGCAGGACUGCACUAAUUACCCAGGGGGCUACGAGUGCUACUGCAGGGCUGGUUACCGCCUCAACGCAGACGGGUGUGGUUGUGACGAUGUGGACGAGUGUCUCUCUGACCACGGGGGCUGUGAACACAGCUGUCAGAACAAUGCCGGUUCCUACUUAUGCCACUGUCACAUCGGCCACCGUCUGGCCGACGACCGCCACUCCUGCCUCCCCCUGGAGGGUUCUGUGGAGGCCUUGUUCAGUCGCCGUGCGGUGGAGCGCAGGCUGCCUCAGAUCACUCUGCUCCGGGACUUCUCCCAGCCGCUGGAGCGCUACGACGACUACGAGGAGGACGGCACGGGAGAGCUGCGCGCCGAGAGCACGCUGUCAGAGAAAUUUGUGUGCCUAGACGACACGUUUGGCCAUGACUGCAGUUUGACCUGCGAGGACUGUUCCAACGGAGGGUUGUGUAAUCUGGAGCGUGAUGGCUGCGACUGCUCCGAUGGCUGGACGGGGAUCAUCUGUAACCAGACCUGCCCACAGGGCAUGUUCGGGAGGAACUGCUCCUUCAGCUGCAAGUGUAAGAAUGGUGCCACGUGUGAUCCAGUGAUUGGGCAGUGCCGAUGCCCACCUGGGGUCGGUGGAGACGUGUGCCAGGAUGGCUGCCCAAAGGGCUUUUAUGGCAAGUACUGCAACAAGAGGUGCAACUGUGCCAACAACGGCCGCUGCCAUCGCACCUACGGGGCAUGCCUGUGUGACCCUGGACUCUAUGGAAGGUUCUGUCACCUGCCCUGUCCUAAGUGGGCCUACGGUCCAGGCUGCUCCGAGGAAUGUAAGUGUGUCCAGCAGAACACUCUAGAAUGUCACCGUCGUCACGGCACCUGUGUGUGUAAACCAGGUUACCAGGGCAACACAUGCAGUGAAGAGUGUGAAGGUGGCUAUUAUGGUGCUGGGUGUAAGAGGUCAUGUGACUGCCCGUCUGGGGUGUCCUGUGAUCAUGUGACAGGGCAGUGUCAGCAUCAGUGUCCUGCUGGUCUGCGUGGGGACAACUGUGAACUGGAGUGUGGUAUGGGGAGAUAUGGGCAAGGAUGCGCCCAGCACUGUGACUGCUCUGGGGAGGAGUGUGAUAAGGCCACAGGGGAGUGCCAGUGCCCCGCGGGCAGCACCGGAGACCACUGUGAGAUGGAGUGUGUCCGGGGACACUGGGGCCUUGGCUGUGCCAAGCUGUGCCCUCCGUGUGAGAAUGGAGCGGCGUGCGACAAACACAACGGCUCCUGCCUCUGCCAGCCGGGAUACAUGGGAAAGCUGUGUGAGAGCGUGUGCCCAGUGGGACGGUUCGGGACCAGGUGCCAGGAACAGUGCUCAUGUGAGAAUGGGCGAUGCCACCACAUCACUGGCCGAUGUGCCUGCGCGGAGGGCUGGACCGGGCACGACUGCACCAGAGAGUGUGAGCCGGGCCGCUGGGGGGCGGACUGCGCCAACGCUUGCGACUGCAGGAGGGCCGAUGGGAUCUGUCACCCGCUCACAGGGCAGUGCGACUGCGAGGCGGGGUUCACCGGGACACACUGUGACCAAAAGUGCCCGGCAGGCUCCUUUGGCCCGGGUUGCCAGAACCAGUGCCAGUGUGAAAAUGGUGCCGCUUGCGAGCAUGUGAGUGGUGCUUGUACUUGCCUGCCAGGGUGGACCGGGACCUACUGUGAAAAACCCUGCCCUGAUGGCUUCCAUGGUCUGGAGUGUCAGCAGAAGUGUGACUGUCUGAACGGCGGUCGCUGUCAGCACCUCUCUGGGGCGUGCGUCUGUCCCGCUGGCUGGAUGGGACCCCACUGCACCACCCCGUGCGAGGCUGGGGCCUACGGUCUCGGAUGCAACCAGACGUGUGUUUGCCACAAUAAUGCCAGCUGUGACCCAACCAACGGGCAGUGCCAGUGUACAGCAGGCUGGAUGGGCCCCAUCUGCAAACAAGCGUGCCCUGCUGGCAUGUACGGGACUGGCUGUCACCAGCGCUGCCUGUGCCACAACGGGGGGAGCUGCGACCGCAUCACUGGGCUCUGCUCGUGCCCCAGCGGAUGGACCGGGGAGGCCUGUGAGCUGGAGUGUGGCCAGACGCGCUUUGGACCAGACUGUCAGCAGAUGUGUGCAUGUGAGAACGGAGGCCUGUGUGACCGCCUGACUGGAAGGUGCUCCUGUCGGCCAGGGUGGCUCGGGGAGCGCUGCCAAUCAGCAUGCACUGCAGGGCUGUAUGGGCCAGGCUGUACUCGGCGGUGUAAGUGUGAGCAGAACGCUCCCUGUGACCACGGCACUGGAGUCUGCCUGUGUCCCGCUGGCUGGAGGGGACCGCAGUGUGGCAGACCCUGUUUACCCGGCUCCUUUGGGAAGGAGUGUGCCCAGCGCUGCUCCUGUCCCCAAGGCACCUCCUGCAACCACAUCACUGGGGAGUGUGGCUGCCCCGCUGGGUUCACGGGCAAUGGCUGCGAACAGACCUGCCAGCCUGGCACCUAUGGACUGAACUGUAACCAGGUUUGCCAGUGCUUCGCCACCAAUCAGCUGUGCCAUCCCAUCACCGGCCGCUGCUACUGCGCGCCAGGUUUCCAUGGCAGCUACUGUGACAAACACUGCAAGGAGGGUCGGUACGGGCCAAACUGCGAGCGGAAGUGCCAGUGUUUGAACAACGGUGUAUGCCUGACCACCACUGGCACCUGUGAGUGCCCAGCCGGGUUCAUAGGAGCAGCCUGCAACAUCACAUGCCCACCGGGCCGGUACGGCAUGGACUGUGCCCAGAUGGCGCUCUGCGGCGAGGGAGCCAGGAGCGAUCCGGUCACUGGCAGAUGUGUGUGUAAAGCUGGGCAGCGAGGAGAAGACUGUGGACAAGGUUGCGCGCCUGGCUGGUUUGGAGAAGACUGUGCCCAACGCUGUAACUGCAGUAAUGCAGGAGUUUGUGAUGCGGUGUCUGGAAGCUGCACCUGUGGGCUGGGGUGGAUGGGGACCAGCUGUGACACAGAGUGUCCUAAAGGAAGCUAUGGUGUGAAUUGCAAGCAGCAAUGUGCCUGUAAAAACAAUGGUGUGUGUGACGGAGUGACUGGAGAAUGCCACUGUGAACCAGGCUACUAUGGCCAUCUCUGUGAACAUGCAUGCCCACCAGGCUUCUACGGGCCCCGCUGUCAGAAGCUCUGUGACUGCAGAGGGAGCUCCCGCUGUGACCCCAGCACUGGACGCUGCCUGUGUCCUCCUGGUCACCACGGGCCCCGCUGUGGGAGAGUGUGUGCACAGGGGAGGUUCGGGGAGGACUGUUCUCAGGCCUGUGACUGUGAGGCCGACGCCCCGUGCGACCCCAGGAGCGGCAGAUGUCUGUGCCCCCCGGGACAGACAGGAGCCCGGUGUGACCUCAACUGCGGGCUGAGCCGUUACGGACCGGACUGCGCGCAGAGCUGCGAGUGUGUGAACAGCGGCCAGUGCGACCCGCGCAACGGACGCUGCACCUGCCUGCAGGGCUGGUUCGGCCUGAGCUGUAGUGAAGGGGGCACACUUAGGUCUGGUCAUCAGAUCAACAGGCUUCCGGGGAGGACAUAGGACAUGUCUUACUCCUCAAGUCAGGAAUUCAGUGUGUUACGUGAACCGCUUAGCAUCCCACACGAUCCACCAUCUCGCCAUAUCCUGACCAAAUGCUCCACAAGACAAAUUCAUUCAUUUAGCAGAUGAUUUUAUCCGAAGCAAGUUAAACCACAGGUAACUCUCUGGAAGUCUGAAAUCAAUGGCUGUGGUGUUGUUGGCACCUUGCUCUACCAGCUGAGCCACAGUACCAAGACUGGGCCUUGCCCAGCUGGCUAGAGAUCAAACCAAAGACUACAUGAUGUAGUAGCAUCCUGAGGCCUUGCAUUGGGAAAAAAAAUCCUUUUUGGAAAGAGAGAAAAGAAAACUGAGUGAUAGUGACGUCUGCUGUAAAAGUGGCCCAGGGCCCUGCAGUGCCAAGUGUGAAGAGAAGACACACGAAAAGGACAAGAGCGUUUCCAAUGAAUCCCCAGCCCGGCCAUUCAAGUGACAUUAAAUUAACCGAAUUGACAACUUCAUAUUCUUUACAUACACUUCUGUUACUUCAUUUAAAACGGACUACAUCACUGAGACUGGCUUAUGAUGAAUUGAAUAUACUCUGUGUUUACAUUUUGUUUUUCUUAACACUAUAACCAAACAUUAUGCCAAGAAGAUUUAACAUACGAAACAUAUCAUGAGGAGAGACGGGUUGUUUCUCCUCACCAAAUGUACUGUACCUGUCGUUUGGGGCUUACCACAUGCCUUAACCAGAAGAGUUCUUGUCUGUCAUGCCAAUAAUUUUUCCAGGCUUUUUCAUAGGCAUCCAAAACCAUGUCAGGUGUAUGGAAAAGUGUGUAUGUAUUUAUGUACGUGUGAACGUUUGAAAGAAAAUAUUUUGUUGAGCACACAUUUUCAGCAGUGAAAUUAAAAGCACAUUUAGCACAGAUUGGCAACAUAUUAUAGUUAACUCUUAGGGGAUUUCUGGGCGUGUGGUCAGUGUAAAACUGCCGUUUCAUCUUAGUGCAUGUAAAAAUGCAGUGAAAAGCAAUGCAAUGCACAUAACCCUUUUGACUGUAUGUAACAGCAUAAAUGUGUUUCAUCUUUCUGGCAUAUCACAUCUGGUACUAAAUGAGUAAAGGAAUUUAGUCGCUCACUCCAGUGAAGUGAUUCUUAUAGAAAUGGUAAUAUCGAUUAGCACUUUGUGUCAAAUUGUUUUUAAUCCAAAGGAAUAUGCUUUAUAAGCUCAUUUACCUUUAGAAUACUGACCCCCAGUCGAGAGUCUGAUCAUUCAAAUCUAACAUUUGAAAUAUAAAAUGAAAUGUCAUACUUUAUGCGUAACUCUGAUGAGGAAAAGGGACACACAAUAAGCAUGUAAGUAUGAGCGUUCUGUACGACUCAUUUUGUAAAAGAAUAUUUCAAAAGAUGUAUUUUUGUAUUUACCAAACUUGCCACUGAGUACCUUCAGGAGUGUGUUCUGUUUGGUGUCUAUAAGUAUCCUUGGCAUAGAUGGUUAUGCGAGCGGAUGACACAGAAGACAAGAAAAGCUUUCAGUUCUGUUCAUAGAUAACUAUGUCAGGGAUCAUAUCAGCACUUUCAUUUUAAGAGAGGAUGCCUAUCUUUUUUGUGAAGUUGUCCAUCAAUAUGACUGUAAAUGUAUUUCACUGAUACAUAUUGAUCAUAAAUAUUGUUGUUUCUUAUAAUAAACAAACAUUAAUUACAA